AUGACGAGCCUGGCCUCGUACUCGCCCCUUGAGGAGCUUCUCUUAUUCCAGGCACUACGAAACGAUGCCGCCGUCAGUUUCAGCAAAAUCAGCGACGACUUGAAAAAUAUACCAUUGGUCCGCGAUGACCCAUCUUACGACCCCGACCGACUGGAUCCGGAUGCGCUGCGACAAUUGUACUUGGGACUGUUAAAGGAAGAGGUCAAGCAAGACCUCGAGCAACAGACAAAUGGCGGCAGGAGUCACCCUCCCAAUGGAGACGUGUCCCCAAGCUCUCGCAAGCGCAAAAUCGCAAGUCCCAGUCUGCCCACAGUCCAGGAAGCGGCACAGCAUACGCAUCUGAUCCCGCAAUUGGUGUCUCGGCUAUAUUCACGAUACCGCGAUAAUGUCGCCGUGAAGGUCCGAGAACAUGAGCAGAGAUAUGCGAGCAUUACGCGCGAGCUUGCGGAAAUCGAGGCUGGGGAAUGGGACGAGAGACUGCAGCAGCAGGAACAAGCUCGCAGUUCAAAACAGCCUUCGUCCACGACGCUCGCGCAGUCCAACCCAGCUCGCAAUGUGGAACCUACAUCAGCACCGUCCUCAGCGGCACAUACUCCAAACGCGACACCCAAGCCCGUGGAGGCGCCUAAGAGGUACUCUCAGGCCACGAUCGAUGCAGUAAUGAACCAUGGACCGGAACCCCAGGGCUCUUCAAGCAGCCAUCGGCGUAUGUCUUCCAACACGUCUCUUCCACCGUUGUCCGAAAUGGCGCCACGGUCGCCUCAACUAGGCAUACCGCCCUCGAUUCCAAUCGCAGCAACUCACCAGCAGAUGCAGCCCAUUGCACCGCAUCAGUACAAUCAAGGACCAUCACAUGGCGGCCACCAGUCGCCGUAUGGGUCAAGCCAUGCUCAUCCGAGGCAGAGUUCUAUUCCCAGUCCGGUUAUCCAGCAGUCGCUGUCGCGGCCGUCUUCCUCACAUGGACGCAUUCUCCCUCCUCCUCACGGGAUGCCACUUUCAACGGGAUCGCCCGUGGCGCAUGUCGGAUCUCCUGUACUGCAUCAACAGCAUUAUGCACCGCAGCAUCGCAUGCAAUCUGCGACUCCACCUGCAAACGAGUAUUCGCCAAGGAACUAUCCACCCACGCUGUUGCCACAGCAGCAAGCAGGGUACCAUACCCAGCAGCAAUAUCAGGAUCAGAGGACAUCAUAUCCAGUCCAGCACAACCCACUUCCGCAGCAUCCUCAGCAGCCUCAGCACCAGCAGCCUUCGACCUACCCUCUGCCGCAUGUGCAGCCAUCGCGUGCUGGAGGUUACAUGCUGCCGCCUUUCCAGGUCGCGCACCCGGAUCAUCACAAACCCAUUCAGCCACAGCCACCGCGGCAACACCGCACGCCUGUUCAGCCGCAACAACAGCCAGCUUCCUAUAUGCCCCAUGCUCAUGGAGGUCCCUCGACUGCGCCGCGCGGUCCUCCUUUGAGGCAAUCACGAGAGGUAUCUGACGUUUUGACCGCUCUCGCGACACCGCCGCGGCGCAGGGACAAGCCACUGUGGAAGAGAGAGUAUCUGCCAUCCCCUCUUCAGCAAAUACCGGUUUCCACGCCCAGACCAGACAUUGAGCCCCUGAGCCCUACACAGGAACAUAGCAAGUCUCCUACUCGCUCUUCGCGCUCCAAACGUGGGCGUGAUGUUCAGGCAGUGGACGACGCGAAGUCCGAGCCGCCAUCCAAGAUCAGAACUAGCAAGCGACGGGCAAAUGCGCGUGCUGGAAGUCCCCACAGUGUGGUGUCAUCGACUGCUGAUGAGUCUCUGCGUAGCCACUCUGUACUCAAUGCGGAUGAUCGUCCGGCGAGUAGGAACGGGGUCAAAGCAGAGCCCUCGACACCAGGUAACCUACUCGAAGACACAGAACCCGCGACCGUGCACUCUGGAGCUUCGACCAAUGCUCCUAAGACUCGCAAGCGACGUGGUACCGUCAAUUCGCAACCACAGCCAGCAAGCAAACGCAAGAGGCACGAAUCGCCAGGGGGCACUGAUGAUCAUGAGCCUGUUGAAACACCACCACGGAAGAGCAACACAGUCAUCGCGACGCGCAAUUUUGCCAAAAUGUCUUCUGCCUUGAUGAACGACAUUAACAGUCACAAGCACGCAGCCUAUUUUGCGACGGCAGUGCGCGAAAAGGCUGCGCCCGGAUAUAACGACAUUGUGUUACGGCCUCAGAAUCUCAAGUCCAUUCGGGCUGCCAUCACAGCCGGUACCAAGGCAGUCGCAGCAGCCAGCUCAGCGCUGGACUCGCCAGCGGAAGGAUCCUCCGCGCGAGCACUAGAGGGUUUGAAUACGAUUGAGCUUGAGCGUACAGCUGAUCUUGAGCCUCCAAAGGCAAUCGUCAACGGCGCUCAGCUCGAGAAAGAACUCAUGCGCAUGCUUGCGAAUGCUUACAUGUUCAAUCCUGGAGAAGAUGGAAUGGCACUUUCUACCAGAGAGUUCUUUCACGACAUCGAGGAGAAGAUUAGCGACUGGCGGGCAACGAUGGAGGAUGAUGAUAGCAAAGGCAAACGAAGGAAGAUGUGA